GUCACCAACCGGGACGGCUGUCUCUGCCACCCAAAACCCAGGACAUCGCCCUGGCCUCCCGCAUCUCGCCUCUGUCCUCAUACAUACCCCCGCUAUGGACGUCACCUCGGGACUCAACGCCCUGCCCCAGGCGGUGGUCAAAGGCCUAAACGACAAACUCUACGAGAGGCGAAAGGGCGCUGCCCUUGAAGUCGAGAGAGUCGUCAGAGAAUUGGCUGCCGCCCACGAGCCCCACAAGAUCACCCAGCUGCUGAACGGCCUGAUACACGACUUUGCCUACUCGGGCGUUCCCAAUGCCCGCAACGGCGGGCUGAUUUCGCUCGCUGCUGCCGCAGUCGCCCUCGGCCCGGACCUCAAGCAACACCUGGAGGCCAUCGUCCCGCCCAUCCUGAGCUGCUUUUCGGACCAGGACGCCCGGGUGCGAUACUAUGCCUGUGAAUCGAUGUACAAUGUUGCCAAGGUCGCUCGCGGCGACACACUCAGGUUCUUCAACGAAAUCUUUGAUGCCCUAUGCAAGCUCUCGGCCGACCAGGAAGCCUCGGUCAAGAACGGUGCCGACCUGCUCGACCGCCUGAUCAAGGACAUCGUCUCGGAACAGUCGGCUUACUUCAACCCCGACUUGGCCGCGGACGCCAUCGCCGCAGCCUCGUCGUUGGCGGUGCUGUCCUCGUCGGCCCCAGUCAGCGGCAAUCCUCAUCUGCUGCGACCCGUCUCGCCUUCGCCCCUGGCCCACUCUGCACACUCAAGCAUCGGCGACCCCCAGCACGCCGUCCCCGGUACGCUGAAUCCCCUGCCCGGUGUCGAGGAGACCACUUUCAACAUCCCAAAGUUCAUUCCGCUCCUCGCCGAACGCAUCAACACCCUCAACCCGCUGACCCGCAUCUUUCUGGUCGACUGGAUCCGCACUCUCGAUCAUCUCCCGGACCUGGAGCUGAUCGCCUUCCUGCCGCACUUCCUCGACGGCCUCUUCAAGUACCUGAGCGACCCCAACCCCGAUGUCCGGGCGCAGACCCUCAGUCUCCUCGGCGAGUUCCUGAAAGAGAUUCGCGAUGUGCUGGAUGUCCAGGCCACGCGCGGCGUCUACCAUCCUCCCGAGAAGCUGGCCGAGAGCCGGCCCGAGUCCGCCCAUGAUGCCGAUGAUCGCGCCAGUCUGCAGUCCUUUGGCGCCGAUGGAACGACCAUCGCCGAUCCGAGCGGCAACUGGAGCAACUCACUCGGACGCAGCAGCGUGCAGGGGAGGAUCAUCAAGCCAUCCCUGGCAGGAUCUCACCCUUACGUUCCCGGACAAGGGGUUGCCUUGAACUUUGGCAAGAUGGUCGAGAUCCUCAGUCCGCACCUGGUCAGCGCUGAUGUCGAGACCCAGGUCACGGCCAUCCAGUGGGUCAGCGAGUUUAUUCUGAUGGCCAAGGAAACCAUGAUGCCAUACACCCCGACGCUGCUCGCCGCGAUCCUGCCGAGCAUCUCGCACAACGUCCCAGCCAUCCGAUCGGCUGCCUCUGGCACCAACGCCAAUCUCUUCGCCCUCGUUCAAGACACUCCCCUCGGCGACAAAGCCGCCCACAAGAGUGUGGUUUUGCAGGCCUCAAACGAGUCCAUGGGCCUCCAGGCGAGCGUUCCUGCGGUCAACAUGAGCCCGUCGGCGUCGACAAGCAGUCUUUACGGAGUCGAUUCGAGCAAUGCCGGGCCCGUGCCCCCCAACAUGGAGUUCCUGCUUUUGCAGGGCGAGACCCUCGAGCUGCAGCUUACCAUCGAGGUUUUGACCCAGAAGUUACUUGACCAGCACGAAGAAACCCGAACCGCGUCUUUGGACUGGCUUCUCAUGCUCCAUCGGAAGGCUCCGCGGAAGAUCCUGGCUGCAGACGAAAGUACUUUCAACUCGCUCCUCAGGGCCGUGUCGGAUCCCUCGGAGGAGGUCGUCAAGCGGGACCUUCAGCUCCUGGCCCACAUCUCGCAGUAUGCUGGCGAAGAAUACUUCAAUCGGUUCAUGACGAACCUCCUGCUGCUGUUCCAGACGGACCGCAAGCUCCUCGAGAGCCGCGGGACGCUGAUCAUCCGCCAGCUGUGCCUGAGUCUGCAGUCGGAGCGCAUCUACCGGUCGCUUGCCGAGAUCCUCGAGACCAAGACACAGCAUGCCGAGGACCUGGACUUUGCUUCGACCAUGGUCCAGAACCUCAACAUCAUCCUCAUUACCACUCCGGAGCUCUCGGACUUGCGAAAGCGCAUCCGGAACUUGGACACACGGGACGGCCUCCUGCUGUUUGUGGCCCUGUACCGGUCGUGGUCGCAUAAUCCCGUGGCCACAUUCUCGCUCUGCCUGCUUGCGCAAGCCUACGAGCACGCCGCCAAUCUCCUGCAGGUGUUUGCCGAGCUCGAGAUCACGGUCAACUUUUUGAUCCAGAUCGACAAGCUGGUGCAGCUGAUCGAGUCGCCCGUGUUCACGUACCUGCGGCUGCAGCUGCUCGAGCCCGACCGCUAUCCACAUCUCUUCAAGUGUCUGUACGGGAUCCUGAUGCUGUUGCCCCAGAGCUCUGCGUUUGCCACCCUCAAGAACCGGCUCAACUCGGUCAGCUCCCUGGUGAUGCUCUACACCAACUCGAACGUCCCGAUGCCACCGUCGUCGGUGCCGCCGACUGGAUUGAUCUCAAGCGGACUGAAGAGCCCUCAGAGCCGACCCAACAUCAAGAGUCAAGCUACGAGUUCUGAAGUGCCAACUCUCCGCUGGCAAGAUCUUCUGAGCCACUUUAGGGCUGUCCAGGCUCGCCAGGAACGAGCCCGUCGGAGCGGCAACCGCAGCACAGGAACGGAGCGUCAUCCACGACGACGAGGCACCAAGACGACUGCCGAGGAGACUGGGGCAACCGGAGCUGCUGGAGCUGCUGGAGCCGUUGGCGAAGAGGGCCGUGCUUCAUCUGUUGGCGGCCAGCCUUCGUCCCUCAGUAGCCUCUCUGGCGUGCCUCCACCUCUCGCUGCCCAGCAGGCCACGAGCCGGGGUGGGGUUAGCAGCGCCGGCAACACUGGCAGCACUGGCGCACUCGCUGGGGCUGGAUCCGCAGGCGGCCACUCGUGAGCGGUCGAUCGCAUCUGUGGCUCGAGCGAGAUGUGGAGGGGGAGACAGGUAUCGAGGGAGCAAUAUAGCUGUUGUCGACAUUGCCCGUGCGGCUGACACAA